CUUUUAGGCUCAAGGCUCCGGCGGCGAGUCAGGGUCCUUCUCUUCCUGGUGUUCCUAGGAGCACCGACGGGAGAUCGUAGCGAGAAGAAGGUAAAAGAAAAGAAACGAUGGCAAGCGCCGAUGGGACGGCGCCAUCGCCGCCGUCGGAGGUGAUUGUGGGUGUGCUUGCGAUGCAGGGCGCCUUCCGCGAGCACGCCUCGCACCUCACCCGCCUCAACCCGCUCGUCUCGACGCGGGCGCUCGAGGACCCGCCGUCGAUCCGGGCGCUGCUCGUGCGCAGCCCCGCGGAUCUGGAGCGCUGCCAUGCGCUCAUCAUACCCGGCGGCGAAUCGACGGCGAUUGCGCUCGGUGCCGCGCGUGCCCACCUGCUCGAGCCCCUGCGCACCUGGGUCCGCCGCGGCCGGCCGACGUGGGGCACCUGCGCCGGCAUGAUUCUCCUCUCGCGCGAGGCCAUUGGCGGGAAAAAGGGCGGGCAGGAGCUCCUGGGCGGCAUCGAUAUGCGGGUCGGACGCAAUGGCUUUGGCAGCCAGGUCGACUCGUUUGAGCGCCGCCUCGACGUGCCUGCGCUCGCUUCCCUGCCUUCGUCCAAGAGGCGCGCAGACGCCGGCGACGACGACAGCGGCUUCCCGGGCGUCUUUAUUCGCGCACCCAUCGUCGACACGCUGCUCACCAGGCAAGAUAUCCAGGCAGUCGCGCCAUCGGAGCCGACGCUCGUCGCGCGGGAGGCCGGUGAGGCGCACGCGGACAAGAGCGUCACCAUGCAGCAGCGGUCGCCAUCACGUGGCGGCGGCGAUGACAAUGACAAGAACAGUGAUGCUGCUCCGUCAGCAACGAGACCAUCGCUGCCAACGACGCCGUCGUCGUCCUCUGCCUUUUCGUCCUCGUCAAAGACGUCGGCGUCGUCGUCUGCGACCGAGGGCGCCUCCAUCCUCUGCGUGGCCCCGCCGCUCGAAGACUCGUCGUCGCCCGACCAGCGCACCCCACGACCGCCACUCGAGAUCCUCGCCAGCCUCUCUGAGCUCCCGCGUGGCGCGCGGCAGGGCGCCGGGGGAGCCGUCGCCGCCGCCGCACUGGACCAGGAGCCCAUCGCGAAUCGGCCCGAGCACGACGCACAGAUUGUCGCGCUCCGACAGGGAAACCUCAUGUGCACCAGCUUCCACCCGGAGCUCACUGCCGAUGGCCGCAUGCACGAGCUCUUUGUCAGGCAGUGCGUGCUGCCCUUCUUGUCUUCCUCUUCUUCUUCUAUCACUUCAUCAUAGAGGCGCGAAUGCAUAUACGAUCGGGACCCAGAAAUUACAUAGACACGCAGCAGAGAG